GCUUCGCAUCGCUGAGGUCCUCGCCUCCGGUGAGAUUCUACUUUUUUCUUCGAAUUCGAAUGUGAGGGAAAAAGGCAGCAAAUAAAAAUAAUCGCAUGCUCUCCGACAGAAUUUGCGAAAAAGAUUCGCAAGAUAUGUCACAGCCAUGGACGUCGCGUGUCGGCAGUACUCGCGACAUCGCACCCUGAUAGCCACAUCACUGACCGGCGUGCUCCUUUGUCUUUUGCUUAUCCAUUCGCUUGACCGAUGGACGGCCAGGAAUUCGAUAGUAAAGAAGCUGCCGAAGCAAGUGAAUGACCCCUCUUUUGACCGGAGUACUCAGGCUCCCGUUGACAUGGAACGUCGUUGGGAAGCCGAGUACGAGAGUCGAAUCCAGAGGGUGCGGGACGUAUGCGACAAGGACGAAAUCGUAGCCAUGCGUCGCAUUUGGAGGGUCGCCACCAAUCGCCGCUUUGGCAAAGAGACUUUCUGCAAGACCAAACUCUGUCCCGUCAUCGUCGACGAACAGAAAGUGCUUUUCGUCUGCUUCAUUCCUAAGGUGGCCUCCACUACCAUCAAAAAAUUCUUCCUCAACAUUUCAGACAUUCCAAUCAACGAGACCUUGAGCAGAAACGUCACCGCCUUCCAUCUUGCAGCCAACGAGGCUUUACGUCGCAUCAGUCCUAUGUACUAUCCCACGACCACCAUCAACAGGUUCUUCAAAAUAAUGUUUGUCCGACACCCUUUCGAUCGCCUUGUUUCUGCCUUCCGAGAUAAGGCAGAAUCUCCAAGGGAAGAAGUGCCUUAUUUUUAUGAUAAAUUCUGGGAUCCUAUCAUGAAGAAAGUUAGACCCAAAGGUUCGCCUCUAGACAAAAUAACAUUCCCAGAAUUCAUCUGGUACUUGACUCAUACCCUGGAGAGGGACUAUGACGAACACUGGGCACCCUACUGGAGUCGCUGCGACCCUUGUCUGGUGGAUUACAACUUCAUUGGCAAGCUGGAGACAGCUCAACACGAUUUUCCAUAUGCUUUCAAGAAAGUUGGCAUUGAAUCAUCCCAAGAGUGGUGGUCAGAUACCCAUUCCACUUUACACUCUCUGACCUUGAAAUACUUCGCUUCAGUACCUGAGGAGGAAAUACGGAAGUUGUAUACCAUUUAUAAACUGGAUUUUGAACUGUUUGGAUAUUCCAUUCACGAGUUCUUACCGCCUGGUAAUGUCACAGUUAAUUAAAUUGAAAUCGAAUUUUUGUAUCGGUGCAAUACAGAGCUUAAGUCCUGAAGACUCCUACAAAAUCGUACAACUCCUAUAAAUCUGUUCUUUCCUUUAAAAAACUGUAAAUGAUUUCACUUUUAUAUAUUUAUGUUGUUUAAUAAAUUAGGGUCAAUUCAUAGUCCUCAGAUUUACUCUUACAGAUCAUUAAUUUGUUUUCUGAUUUAUAUUCAGAAGUUUCACCUUGAAAUGUAUAGCUUCAGUACAGGAGGAGGAAAUAAAGGAAUUAUUUUCCAU